UUCAACAACUUUUUCAACAUGUAUUAUACAACUUUCUGUUUCCAGUCGCCCACAAGUCGACAGAACAGGCUAACGUUGUUGCCGACACUGCGGUGGCCGGGGCCAACGAGGUGGCCCAGUCCGCCGUGGAGGGCGUUGAAAACGCGGCGUUGGCGAGCGGAUUUGUCACCACGGAGGAGGCGGGACCAGUGGCUGAGGAGGCCGACCUCCCGAAAACAGAAGCAGGGGGAGACCAGACCCAGCAGUAGGUGAGAAUCCACCGGCGAUGAAACGCUGUUGGGACUACUUUCAACGGCGGAUGUAUCCUCAUGUGGUGAAAUCACCAGAGGACCUCUGGCCACAGCAAGGCAUUCUGGG